AUGGCGGGGGACCUGCACCCUGAGCCGAGCGAGAGGAUCAGUGUCGGCGAGGUCAUCUUAGGUAUCUCGUAUCCGGGCGCAAGCACCACUCCUCCCGAUAGCAUCGAGAACGAUCCCUUAAUUAAGGCAUACUAUGAGAAAUUCCAUGGGUGUCACCCUUUUCUCUUACCCCGGAAACAUCUCACAAGACUGUAUCAAGAUCCACAGAGACAGUCCAGCUUCGCACCCCUUCUUGCUGCGAUGCGAUUGAUCGGACAUAUCUACACGUCGCGCGAAUGGCCAGUCUCGUUGAGGGACCAGCUUGAAGCAUACUUUCUAGAAACAUCACCGUCUGACCCAAUCAUGGUCCAGUGUCGACUCCUACUCUCUAUAGCUUUAUUCUGGUAUGACUAUAAAGACGCCGCCAAACAGGAGAUGGACGCCGCCACUAGAGUUGCCCUUGAGCUGGAGAUGUAUCUUUCAGACUUUGCGGCAUCGCAUGGGCGCGACGAUCCCGUGCUGAGGGAAUGCUGGAGGCGGACAUGGUGGAUGCUGUACACCGUGGACGCCUAUUACACCGGUACGCUGGGGACCAUGAACUUUCGAGUCGCGAAUGUUUCCCCUACGGUGGAACUACCCUGUGAGGAGCUAGAAUACGAGUCUGGGGAUAUACCCGAGCCUCGUACGCUACAAGAGUUCAACUGUCGCGAAUUCUCCACCGAGACCAUCCAUUUCUCAUCCUUUGCAUAUCUCAUCGGAGCCGUACAAUGUGCCGCAGCGGCGAUAUCCGUAGCGCCAAAGAUCGCAACUAAAGAAGACUCGACGCACGUCAUUCAAGCGGCAGACAGCAGUCUGGACGGAUGGCGAUUGUUAUUGCCGAAUGAUCGCAAGCAGGUCAUGGACAAGGACGGAAAAGUUGAUGAGCUGAUGUUCCAAGCUCACUUGCUCAUUCAUGUGUCCGCUAUCGGGUUACACCGGCCGUUCUCAGCCCUGAAGUUCAAUGCAGUAGAGGAUAUAUCAAGCUGUGCCCGAGAGCCACCCCUCGACACACCCAUCCCAGAUCUGGUUAAUGUACACACCGUGCGCGUGCUCCGAGCCGUGGAGGCCCAGAUCCGCCUUUUAGCACUGCCGCUUCCUGAAUUUCAUCAUACGCCAUUUACCACCUGCAUGGUGAGCGAGGGCACGCUAGCGCUACUGUCAGCCUGCGCUUCUCUACUGAAGGGUCCUCAAUUGUCGACGGCGAGAGAUCAGAUCCGGAUGACACUCGGAUGUCUCAAGGUGCUCGGCGAGGUGUGGCCGAGAAUCGCAAGGAAUGUGCGCGAGCUGCAGACGAUCGCUCAGACGGUGCUUGGAAUUGGGACGGGAGUGGGUCGGAAUAUUGCAACGCCCAGUUCCAGCGCUGGCCCGUCUUUCGGAGGAGAGGAGAGUCUUGACCUAGCCACAUAUGUACCGAGCAACGACACCACGAAUAGCUCUUCCCUUGGCUCGAUCGAGGAUCUCUGUGGUUGGUACAGUCUAGGUGAUCUGAGUGACGUUUCGUGGGGAAUGGACAAUGGAUCAUAA